UCACUGCCGUGGUCCCACCUCCCUCCAUGCGGGCCUCUGAUUGGGGGAGACGGACACAGCCCCGCCUCUCGGAGCCAGUGCUGCCGGAAGCCAGUAUGGCGGCUCCCGGGGCAGCAGCUACGGACCUAGAGGUGGUCCGUGGCAAGCGCGCUGCCCUCUUCUUCGCCGCGGUGGCUAUCUUGCUGGGGCUGCCGCUCUGGUGGAAGACCACGGAGACCUACCGGGCCCCGCUGCCUUACUCCCAGAUCAGUGGGCUAAACGCCCUGCAGCUUCGGCUUAUGGUGCCCAUCACUGUCGUGUUUGCCCGCGAGUCAGUGCCGCUGGACGACCAGCAGAAGCUGCCCUUCACCGUUGUGCAUGAGAGAGAGAUCCCUUUGAAAUACAAAAUGAAAAUCAAGUGCCGUUUCCAGAAGGCCUAUCGGAGAGCUUUGGACCAUGAGGAAGAGGCUCUGUCAUUGGGCAGUGUGCAAGAGGCAGCAUCCAUGUUAACUGAGCCACAAAAGCAAGUAGAGGGCUCCCUGACUGUGUAUGUGAUCUCUGAACACUCCUCACUUCUCCCUCAGGACAUGAUGAGCUACAUUGGGCCCAAGAGGACUGCCGUGGUGCGGGGGUUAAUGCACCGGGAGGCCUUUAACAUCAUUGGCCGCCGCAUAAUCCAAGUAGCCCAGGCCAUGUCUUUGACAGAGGAUGUGCUUGCGGCAGCCUUGGCGGACCACCUUUCAGAGGACAAGUGGAGCUCUGAUAAGAGGAGGCCUCUGAAGUCCAGCUUGGGCUAUGAAGUCACCUUCAGUUUGCUCAACCCAGACCCUAAAUCCCAUGAUGUCCACUGGGACAUUGAGGGGGCUGUCCAGCGCUAUGUCCAGCCCUUCCUGAACACCCUCAGUGUUGCAGGCAAUAUCUCUGUGGACUCCCAGAUCCUUUACUACGCAGUGUUGGGAGUAAACCCCCGCUUUGAUCCAGCUUCCUCUAGUUACUACUUGGCUGCACACAGCCUCCCUCAUGUCAUCAACCCAGUGGAGUCCCGCCUGGGAUCCAGUGCUGCUUCCCUUUAUCCUGUGCUCAACUUCCUGCUCUAUGUACCUGAGCUUGCCCACUCUCCUCUAUACAUUCGAGACAAGGAUGGGGCUCCAGUGGCCACCAACGCCUUCCACAGUCCCCGUUGGGGUGGUAUUAUGGUGUACAACGUGAACCCCAAAGCCUAUAACAGCUCAGAGCUGCCAGUGAGAGUUGAGGUGGACAUGAUGCGUGUGAUGGAGGUGUUUCUGGCCCAGUUGCGGCUGCUCUUUGGGAUUGCUCAGCCCCAGUUGCCUCCAAAAUGCCUGUUUGCAGGGCCUCAGAGUGAAGGGUUAAUGACCUGGGAGCUAGACCGGCUGCUCUGGGCUCGGUCAGUGGAGAACCUGGCCACAGCCACCACCACUCUCACUUCCCUGGCUCAACUUCUGGGCAAGAUCAGCAAUAUCGUCAUCAAGGAUGAUGUGGCAUCUGAGGUGUACAGAGCUGUAGCUGCAGUCCAGAAGGCAGCAGAGGAGUUGGCUUCUGGGCAGCUGGCUUCUGCCUUUGCUGCCAGCCAGGAAGCAGUGACAUGCUCAGAACGUGCCUUCUUUGACCCCUCACUCCUCCAUCUCCUCUACUUCCCUGAUGACCAGAAGUUUGCCAUCUACAUCCCACUCUUUCUGCCUAUGGCUGUGCCUAUCCUCUUGUCCCUGGUCAAGAUCUUCCUAGAGACACGCAAAUCCUGGAAAAAGCCCGAGAAGACAGACUGAACAGGGUAGUAUCUCAGUAGAAAGCCUUCCCGUCUGGCCAGUAUGGGUGGUAUUAGAUUGAGAGGCACAUUAGUGGUGCUUGCCAUGAAUGACAACUGGUCUCCUCCACUGCCUGCUAGCAACCAAACAACAAUACUCCACGAUGGGUUGAUUAGCCCUUUCCUUCCUAUGUCUCUGACGCAAAUUCCUCCCUAACCCCCCUUCUCAAAAGUCACAUCAAUUGGCUUGAACUUGUCUCCCUUUGCAGCAGGGCACCUUGUUCUGCUGUGUUCCUCACAGUCCUUGAACUGAGAGGAAGCAUUAGAGGGAAGCCCUGGGCUGUGUUCCUGCCCCCCUCCCUCUGUGUUUCUCUCUAAUCCCUCAGGAAAGCCCUGGCAUUGUCAUGGAAGGGGACAGGUAGAGAUCCUUCCCUCCUGACGGUGACUCCUGUUGGGUACAGCCUAGCAGGAGUUCAGAAGACAGCAGCUCAGACCUGCUGCUGUACAUAUGACAGAGGUUCUCUUCAUCUUGUCAUAGAGGCAGUGUGGUGACUUGGGAAACAUCCCUGGUUUCUGCACUUAUCAUCUGGGGAGUUUUGGAUCAACUUCUUAAAACCUUCUGAGCCUCAACUUUUCAUUUGUUAAAAUGGCACUAAUGAUACCUUACCUUACAAGGUGGCUAUGAGAAUUAAGUGUGAUAAACAUGUGUGAAAGUAUCUAGGCUUUCAAUAAACAUUGGUUGAAUAUGAAUUGGAACAUA